GCCGCCUCCCACGCCAGGCUGUCCCCGCGGCUGCCCGGCCUGCCUUCCUUCCUUCCGCCUGCCCGCCGGCCCGCCCUAGGAGUUAACCGAGCCGCAAUGAAGAGCUUCUUACAGUAAAAGGAAAGUAGGUCUCGCCCACUGAAAAUGCCUUUAAGGGACAAAUACUGUCAGACUGACCACCAUCAUCACGGAUGCUGUGAACCAGUUUAUAUCCUGGAACCUGGAGAUGCUCCUUUGUUACAGCAACCACUACAGACAUCCAAAUCUGGUAUUCAACAAAUAAUUGAGUGCUUUCGAUCAGGAACUAAACAGCUUAAGCAUAUUUUAUUAAAAGACGUGGACACUAUUUUUGAAUGUAAAUUAUGCCGCAGUCUCUUCAGAGGAUUACCAAAUUUAAUUACCCAUAAAAAAUUCUAUUGCCCACCAAGUCUCCAGAUGGAUGAUAACCUUCCUGAUGUAAAUGAUAAACAAAGCCAAGCCAUAAAUGAUCUCCUAGAAGCCAUAUAUCCAAGUGUGGACAAGCGAGAAUAUAUUAUUAAGCUAGAACCCAUAGAAACUAAUCAAAAUGCAGUGUUUCAGUAUAUUUCAAGGACUGAUAAUCCUACUGAAGUCACAGAGUCAAGCAGUACUCCUGAACAAACCGAAGUUCAAAUACAGGAGACUAGCACUGAACAGUCUAAAACAGUACCAGUUAUAGAUACAGAGGUGGAAACUGUAGAGCCCCCUCCUGUUGAGAUUGUUGCAGAUGAAGUUGCACCUACAUCUGAUGAGCAACCUCAGGAAUCACAGGCUGACUUGGAAACUUCUGACAGUUCUGAUUUUGGUCACCAGUUGAUAUGUUGCCUUUGUAGAAAAGAAUUCAAUUCCAGAAGAGGCGUUCGUCGUCACAUUCGAAAAGUACACAAGAAAAAGAUGGAAGAACUAAAAAAGUACAUUGAAACACGAAAGAAUCCAAACCAGUCCUCUAAAGGACGCAGUAAGAAUGUUCUAGUUCCAUUAAGUAGGAGUUGUCCAGUAUGUUGUAAAUCAUUUGCUACAAAAGCGAAUGUAAGGAGGCAUUUUGAUGAAGUUCAUAGAGGACUAAGAAGGGAUUCAAUUACUCCUGAUAUAGCAACAAAGCCUGGGCAACCUUUGUUCCUGGAUUCUGUUUCUCCUAAAAAAUCUUUUAAGACUCGAAAACAAAAGUCGUCUUCAAAGGCUGAAUACAAUUUAACUGCAUGCAAAUGUCUCCUUUGCAAGAGGAAAUAUAGUUCACAAAUAAUGCUUAAAAGACAUAUGCAAAUUGUCCACAAGAUAACUCUUUCUGCAACAAACUCUAAAAGAGAGAAAGGCCCUAAUAAUACUGCCAGCAAUUCAGAAAUAAAAGUUAAAGUUGAACCAGCAGAUUCUGUAGAAUCUUCACCCCCUUCCAUUACCCAUUCUCCACAGAAUGAAUUAAAGGGAACAAAUCAUUCAAAUGAAAAAAAGAACACACCGGCAGCACAGAAAAAUAAAGUUAAACAAGACUCUGAAAGCCCUAAAUCAACGAGUCCGUCUGCUGCAGGUGGCCAGCAGAAAACCAGGAAACCAAAACUUUCAGCUGGCUUUGACUUUAAGCAACUUUACUGUAAACUUUGUAAACGUCAGUUUACUUCUAAACAGAACUUGACUAAACACAUUGAGUUGCACACAGAUGGGAAUAACAUUUAUGUUAAAUUCUACAAGUGUCCUCUUUGCACUUAUGAAACUCGUCGGAAGCGCGAUGUGAUACGACAUAUAACUGUGGUUCAUAAAAAGUCAUCCCGCUAUCUUGGGAAAAUAACAGCCAGUUUAGAGAUCAGAGCUAUAAAGAAGCCCAUUGAUUUUGUUCUAAAUAAAGUGGCAAAAAGAGGCCCUUCGAGGGAUGAGGCAAAACAUAGUGAUUCAAAACAUGAUGGCACUUCUAACUCUCCUAGUAAAAAGUAUGAAGUAGCUGACGUUGGUAUUGAAGUGAAAGUCACAAAAAACUUUUCUCUUCACAGAUGCAAUAAAUGUGGAAAGGCAUUUGCCAAAAAGACUUAUCUUGAACAUCAUAAGAAAACUCAUAAGGCAAAUGCUUCCAAUUCACCUGAAGGAAACAAAACCAAAGGCCGAAGUACAAGAUCUAAGGCUCUUGUCUGAUAACUUCAAGUGAUGUACGAAAAGGUUUGGAGUUCAUUUUUGUGGAAAGACUUUAAAUUGGUGUUAGAACCACUAAACGUCUUCAAAUGGUACUAUGAGAAAAAAAAGGAAAAACAUUUUCAUAAAUAUUCGACUGUAACUGCUGUUUUCUGACUAAAAUAAUAACCAUCUAACCACUUGUUUCUAAGGCACUGCCUCUUCCAGCACUUUCCAGUAGCUGUGACAUUACAUAUUGUCAUCACAGUCCAUCAGCUAACCACCCUUGACCUUGUGCAUUUGGUCUACAGUUUCUACAAAAAUGUUGCAAAUUUUGUUUUCCAAACAAUUUGUUGAUUAAAGCGAUCAACAACCUGAAGAAUAUAUCACCACUGGUGAUUUUUAAUUGACAGAGACUUUAUAUCUUAGUGACUUUAGUUUUGUCUCAAUUUAUUUGGCAAAAUUUUCAUCUGGGUUGUACAGAUCUAUUUCCUAGUGAGUGUAUGUUAGGACCAAAAGAGAAAUUAGUAUCAACAUAUAAAUAUUUAGCCUACUAAAUAUUUGUAAUUAUUUUUACAUUAUUUCUAACUUGUUCUCCAGCACUUAAAUGUUUGAAAGUUUCAUUCUAAAUUAUAUUCAACAGGAAAGUUCCAGUUCAUUUUCAUCCAUGGAUCAUUAUUUUUAUUUGUCAACACGUGAGGUUUUUAUGAAAAUUAAACAUUCCCCUUUUUUUCUUUAAAUUUUAUACAAAGCACUUUAAUAAUAGAUACAACUUAAUUUUUCAGUUUCUAUUUUUUUUAAACAUCACACAUUUACUAAUGUUAAUAUGAAGGUGGUAAAUAGCUUACUGAUAUUUUAUGGAUGCAGACAAUCCAUGCACAACCACUUCUUAUGUUAUUAGUUUAAUUCUUUAAAUAUUGCUAAAAAAGGAAGAUGGGAGUAUAAACUCUGAAUUUUUACUCCCAAGUGAAAUCUUAAAUGACUACUUUAGAUGAUAUUUGAUUCCUACUGUUAAAAUAAUGAAUUCUUGUCCAUUUUUGUAAUCAAGAUUUUAGGAAAAACAGAAGUACAUCUAUCUUUAUGAAAUAUUGGGCAGGUUUUUGUGUAUCAAUAUUUUGUACUUUUUAGGGAAUAUUUUAUUUUUUAGUAAUUUUUGUCAAAUUAUAAUUUUAAAAGGUACAGCAGAGAAUAUACCAUGUUUUUAUAUAGGUUCAUACCUGUACUUAGGAGAGACCCUGUCCAUCUAUAUACCUUUUGUAUAAAAUUUUAAAGUGUUGAAGAUUCACAAGGUCAUAAUAAAAUGCUUCUAUAGCUAGAAAAACAUUUACCCUUCCCAGUGCUUUGCACUAAAAUAUACUGUGAAAGGAAACUAGAAAGACUGUAACUGUUGCUGGAAAUGUUCUAUAUUGAAUGUACAUGCUCUUGUUGGAAAAAUGUACUCUAUGUGAUGGAAAUAAACCAGACUCAAAGUUA